AGCGCACGGAGCGCCACACCUGUCCCAUUUGUGGACUAGAGGCAGACAGGUGAGGCCCCGCCCUCUGCCAGGUUUCAGUCAGACUUGUUUUUAAGGGCAGCUGUUGCUAUCAAAACUCUGGUACAGCUCUCUCAUUUACUACACUGAUCUCAGGAGAACGAACACACACACGACACACAACAACAACAACAACAGCAGCAGCAAUCAUGCCGCGAUCAACGCAGGAGUGGAUGCGGGCGUCACUCCGCACCCCGGGCAUCUUCAUCUUCGGGUUGGUCAUGGCUCCCUGUGGAUGGAUCCUGAACCUCACUUCCACAGUGGCCCCGAACUGGAGGACAAUCCACAACCUCUCUGGCAGGCCAGCUGAUGAGUUCCUCCAGCAAGGUAUUUGGGACAUCUGCAGGGCGACAUCAACUAACACGAGAGAGGAGUGCAACCUGCAGGACACAGCGUAUUUUGGCAACCAAAUCAUUGAGGUGGCACAGGGUCUGAUGGUGGCCUCCCUCAUCGUGACUCUGAUCGGGCUGGCAGUGGCGAUCCCUGGAAUCCGCUGCUGGAGAGACCGUCCCAACUGGGUCGUGGCUGGCCUGGGUGGUAUACUGAUCUUCCUUUCAGGCGUCAUGAUUAUCAUCCCCAUUGCCUGGUACACUCACAUCCUCGAAGAGAUCGCACCUCCGCCCAACACUACCGAUGUGCGCGUGGGCUACUGCAUCAUCCUGGGUUACAUCGGCGGGAUAUUCGAAAUCCUGGGUGGGUUCGUUAUGUUCAUCGGCAUCUGUCGUUGCUGCGGAGGCAAGAACCGAGGGGAGGUACGGGUCGAUGACGUCACAUCUGGCCGGUUCGGACGCCAGAAGCCACCGCCGAGACGAGUUGAAGUGCCGAGCCUGAACCGGGCCAGGAGCGCCGUCAGCAGCGUGCCAUACGCCAGGGACUCCUUGGAUGAUGAUGUGUCCUUCCCCCGGGCCAAGAGCCCCGCAGCCCGGUCAGCCAACACCCCAUACGCCGGUAGACCCUAUGAUGUUGACCUCUGAGGGGCACGUGACCCACAUCUGGAGACACAAGAGAAUGAGAGAAAAACAACAUUAAAUGGACAUUUGUAUCUGUGUAAAGGACUGAAAGUCUACAACUUUAUAAAGAAGCCUUGGUAAUUAUGCUAAGACUUUAUAACAUACUGUCCUAUGUAAAUCUGCCAUUUUUUUAGUAUUACAGUAAGGAUACUAGAACCAUAAAGUACUUUAAGAUACCAUGCAGUCAUUGUUACCUGAUGUAGGAUUAUGAGAGGCCUUAAAUAUAUAUUGCUUGAAUAUUCCAGGGGCACAAAGUCUCUGAAGUGGAGCAGAAUCAUAAAAAAAUCUCUUCACUUUGAGUAUUGCAGUGUUUUGUAAUGAGAGCAGUGAUACUUGCACACACUUGAAGUGUUAGGUGAUGUAUGAGUGACAGAACUGCGGAUGAAAUUCAUUAAAAUUAUCAUACAUCAUUAUAAUCUAUUACAGAUGUCUGCCUGCUGUAGGAGAGUUAUUACCAAAUGGAUUAGAUUAAAAUCAUAGUGUAAGAAAAUGAGAGAAGACUUUAAAGUGACAAAUCUUGUAUUAGAAGAAGAAGAAGAAGAAGAAGAAGAAGAAGAAGAAGAAGGGUACUUUAUUAAGAAGAAUGAAGAAGUAUGAUGUGAAGUUGAAGUUUACUAUGGCUGUCUUAGAUUCUGCAAAUGAUGCUGAACUUUGUAAAUAAUCCCCAUUAUUGAAGAAGCUGUAUGCAAUGUAUUGUGUAUAAGGGCUUAUGCAUGAACAUCUUAUGUUUCCCAGUCUUUGUAAAUACUGUAUUCUUAUGCACUUUACUUUCCCAUCCUUGUCACAAUAGCCCUCUUAAAAAAAGCCCCCUGAGUUGGACUAUUUUUUUCUAAGUGCUUUGUGAUACAGCUGCUGUCUAUUAAA